UUUUUGCAAACUUUCGUACCAUAAACUCCCCGAAAACGAAAGGGAAAUACUUUCGAGAGAAUUGUCUGGAAAAAUAUCUGUGAAAGGACUGGGAAGCUUGAUUUUCUCCCGACGCAAAUCACUCGGCUUAUGAUCGGAAAUUUAGGUCUGAUUUUCUGGGUUUUUUUCCCAUCAACUUUCUGUCUGUAAGAAAAUUUCAUCGUUCAUGCUUCUCUCUAUUCCGGACGGCACCUUCACAAUUUGCAGAGAUGCAGCCGGCAUCGCUGGGAACAUCUUUGCUUUCGGGCUGUUCGUGUCCCCCAUACCCACGUUUAAAAGAAUUGUGAGAAACCAGUCCACCGAGAGCUUUUCUGGGUUGCCUUAUAUAUAUGCUCUCUUGAACUGCUUGAUCUGCACCUGGUAUGGAACGCCGUUGGUAUCUUACGACAACGUGCCGGUUAUGACGGUUAAUUCGAUCGGUUCGGUUUUUCAAAUAACCUACAUUGUCGUCUUCAUCGUAUAUGCCAAUAGAGAGAAAAGGAUUAGGAUGCUCGGAUUGCUACUUGCAGUUUUUGGCCUUAUGGCGAUCAUAGUUGCCGGGAGCUUACAAAUAGCUGACCGAGGCACGCGAUGGGUCUUCGUCGGUUUAUUAAGUUGUGCUUCUCUCAUAUCGAUGUUCGCUUCCCCAUUGUUCAUAAUCAAUUUAGUUAUUCAAACGAAGAGUGUCGAGUUCAUGCCGUUCUAUCUCUCCCUCUCGACGUUCUUGAUGAGCACCGCGUUCUUCCUAUACGGCGUCUUCAACUUCGAUGCCUUUAUCUACGUUCCGAAUGGGAUCGGAACAGCUUUGGGGAUCCUACAACUCGCGUUGUACUUCCAUUAUAAAGCGAAGUGUACUGAAGAAUGCAGGGAACCACUCAUGGUGUCACAUGCGUGACUCUUGGUUUUUUUCUCGGAAAGUUUUUUUUGAUGUUGUGACCGGAAUCGUGAUUUACGGUCUCGUUCACCGUAUUGUUCGGAUUCUUCGUCCGGACAAAUUUGUUUGCCGGCAGUCCGGGUAUGUGCCGAUGAUCGGGUAUGUGCCGAUGAUCGGAUAUGUGUUGAAAUACGAAUGUCACCCUAAGAAAAAUGAAGGGUUAUGAUAGUUGAAAAAUAAUAGAUUGUUUUGGACCA